AUGCGUCCUGAGAUCGAACAAGAACUCUCGCAUACCUUGUUGACCGAGUUGUUAGCUUACCAGUUUGCUUCUCCCGUCAGAUGGAUUGAAACCCAAGAUGUGUUCUUGAAGGACAACAAGACUGAAAGAGUGGUGGAAAUUGGUCCAUCUCCAACCUUGGCUGGUAUGGCUUCCAGAACUAUUAAGGCCAAAUACGAGUCUUUUGAUGCCGCUUUGUCCUUGCAACGUCAAGUCUUGUGUUACUCCAAGGAUGCUAACCAGAUUUAUUACACCCCUGAUCCAGCAGACUUAGAAUCCGAUAAGCCAAGUAUCACCAAAUCUUUGAAUGCCAACAAAGCUGACACUCCAGCUGCUACUGCUACUGAGAGUGCACCUGCCGCUUCCCCCGCUGCUCCCGUUCCAGCUCAAGCUCCAGCUCCCGUUCCAGCUCCUAGUGGUCCUGUGGCUUCGGUGGCCGAUGAGGCUGUUUCCGCUGGGUUGAUUGUGCAAGUGUUGGUGGCCCAAAAGUUAAAGAAACCUUUGGACGCCGUUCCCAUGUCCAAGGCCAUCAAGGAUCUUGUUAACGGUAAAUCCACCGUUCAGAACGAAAUUUUGGGUGAUUUAGGUAAGGAAUUUGGCUCCACUCCUGAAAAACCCGAAGAUACUCCUUUGCAAGAGUUGGCCGAACAGUUCCAAGAUUCAUUCAGUGGGCAAUUAGGUAAGACUACCUCGGGUUUGGUCGGUAGAUUGAUGUCUUCCAAGAUGCCUGGUGGUUUUUCUGUCACUUCUGCUAGAAAGUACUUAGACUCCCGUUAUGGGUUUGCUGCUGGAAGACAAGAUUCAGUAUUGUUAUUAGCCUUGGUGAAUGAACCUGCCAAUCGGUUGGGAUCUGAAAAUGAUGCCAAGCUGUUCUUGGAUGGAAUGGCCCAGAAACAUGCUUCUAUGGCCGGUAUUUCCUUGAACUCUGGUGCUGAAGCUGCCGGUGGUGCGGGUGGUGCUGCUGGUGCAGUCAUUGACAGUGCUGCUUUAGACGCCGUUACUGCCGAAAACAAGAACUUGGCAAAGCAGCAAUUAGAAACUUUGGCCAGGUACUUGAAGGUUGAUUUAAACAAGGGAGCGAAGUCCUUUGUUAAAGAAAAGGAAGCUUCAGCUGUGUUGCAAAAAGAAUUGGAUUUAUGGGAAGAAGAGCACGGAGAAUUCUAUGCCAAGGGUAUCAAGCCUAUUUUCUCACCAUUGAAAGCAAGAACUUACGAUUCUUACUGGAACUGGGCUAGACAGGAUGUGUUGUCCAUGUACUUCGAUAUCAUUUUUGGUAAAUUGACUUCUGUUGACAGAGAAACCAUCAACCAAUGUAUCCAGAUCAUGAACCGUUCUAAUCCAACCUUGAUUAAGUUUAUGCAAUACCACAUUGAUCAUACUCCAGAAUACAAGGGUGAAACCUAUCAGUUGGCUAAGAAACUUGGUCAACAGUUGAUUGACAACUGUAAGCAAGUUUUGGAUGUUGAUCCAGCUUUCAAGGAUGUCAGUAAGAUCACCAAACCUCACACCAAUAUCGAUGCUAGAGGUCAAAUUGACUACAACGAAAUUGAAAGCCCAUCUGUUAGAAAGUUUGAACAAUACGUUUACGAAAUGGCUCAAGGUGGAGAGAUAACCAAGCAAAAGUCCAAGCCAACUAUCAAGGACGAUUUGGCCAGAGUUUACAAAGCCAUUGUUAAACAACAAAACUUGUCUGCGGACACCAAGUUGGAUUUCCAGUCCUUGUACACUCAGUUGAUUGACUACAUUGACAGUUCUAAGGAAAUUGACAAUAGGGCCAUAGCUACUGGUACUGCAACUCCAGUUGAAGAAGCCGAAGAUAUCCUUUCUUCACCUGCUACUUCGGACGAUGAAAUUGCUUCUUUACCUGACAAGACCUCUAUUUUGCAACCAGUUUCUUCCACAAUCCCCCAAGAAACCAUUCCUUUCUUGCACAUCCAGAGAAAGACUCGUGAAGGUUGGGAAUACGAUCACAAGCUCUCUUCAACUUAUUUGGAUGGCUUGGAAUCGUGUGCUAUUAACGGUUUGACUUUCAAGGACAAACAUGUUUUGGUUACUGGUGCUGGUGCUGGAUCUAUUGGUGCCGAAGUUCUUCAAGGUUUGAUUAGUGGUGGUGCUAAAGUUAUUGUAACUACUUCUAGAUUUUCCAAGAAGACCACCGAAUACUACCAAACCAUGUAUUCCAGAUACGGUGCUGCUGGCUCAACCUUGAUUGUUGUUCCAUUCAACCAAGGUUCUGUUAAAGACGUCAAUGCUUUGGUUGAUUACAUCUACAACGAUCCUAAGCAAGGUGGUCUUGGUUGGGAUUUGGACAUCAUCGUUCCAUUUGCUGCCAUUCCAGAAAACGGUAACGGUUUGGACAACAUCGACUCUAAAUCUGAGCUCGCUCAUAGAAUUAUGUUGACUAAUGUGUUGAGACUUUUGGGUGGUGUUAAGUCUAAAAAGAGUACUGACACCAGACCAGCUCAAGUCAUCUUGCCAUUGUCUCCAAACCACGGAACUUUCGGUUUCGAUGGUUUAUAUUCUGAAUCCAAGAUUUCCUUAGAAACUUUGUUCAAUAGAUGGUACUCCGAAGAUUGGGGAACCAGAUUAACCAUCUGUGGUGCCGUCAUUGGUUGGACCAGAGGUACUGGUUUGAUGAGUGCCAACAACAUCAUUGCUGAAGGAUUCGAAAAGUUGGGGGUUAGAACUUUUAGUCAAAAGGAAAUGGCCUUUAACAUUUUGGGAUUGAUGACUCCAGAACUUACUCAACUUUGUCAAGAAGAACCAAUUUUGGCUGACUUGAACGGUGGAUUCCAAUACAUCGACAACUUGAAGGAUGUCACCACUAAGUUGAGAACUGAUCUCUUGGAAACUGCUGAUGUUAAGCGUGCUGUCUCUUUAGAAUCCAGCAUUGAACAAAGAGUUGUCAAUGGAGAAAAUGUCGACAACAACUAUGCUAAAGUCAAAGUUCAAGCUAGAUCUAAUAUGAAGUUCGAUUUCCCAGGAAUGAAAUCCUACAAGGAGAUCAAGGAAAUUGCUCCGGACUUGGAAGGAAUGUUAGAUUUAGAAAGCGUUGUUGUGGUCACUGGUUUCUCCGAAGUUGGGCCAUGGGGUAACUCCAGAACCAGAUGGGAAAUGGAAGCAAAUGGUGAAUUCUCUAUUGAAGGAGCCAUUGAAAUGGCUUGGAUUAUGGGUUUGAUCAAAUACCACAAUGGUAAGUUGAAGGGUAAACCAUACUCUGGUUGGGUUGAUGCUAAGACCCAAGCUCCGGUUGAAGAUCACGAAAUCAAGGCCAAAUAUGAAGAGCAUAUUCUAGAACACUCGGGUAUCCGUUUAGUUGAACCAGAAUUGUUCGGAGGUUAUGAUCCAAACAAGAAGAAGUUAAUUCAAGAAGUUGUGGUUCAACAUGACUUGGAACCAUUCGAAGCUUCCAAAGAAGUUGCCGAGCAAUACAAGCUUCAACAUGGUGAUAAGUGUGAGAUAUUCGAAGAUGAAGAAUCUGGUGAAUAUUCUAUCAAGAUUUUGACUGGUGCUACUUUGUACAUUCCAAAGGCCUUGAAAUUUGACCGUCUCGUUGCUGGUCAAAUUCCAACCGGUUGGAAUGCUAAAACUUAUGGUAUUGACGAUGACAUUAUUUCUCAAGUUGAUCCAGUUACUUUGUUCGCUUUGGUUGCAACUGUAGAAGCUUUGUUAGCUUCUGGUGUUACCGACCCUUACGAAUUCUACAAGUAUAUUCAUCUUUCCGAACUUGGUAACUGUAUUGGUUCUGGUAUGGGUGGUAUGACUGCUUUAAAGGGUAUCUUUAAAGACAGAUACGAAGAGAAGCAAGUGCAAAAUGAUAUCUUGCAAGAAUCCUUUAUCAAUACCAUGCCUGCUUGGAUCAAUAUGUUGUUGUUAUCAUCAUCUGGUCCUAUUAGAACCCCGGUUGGUGCGUGUGCUACUGCUAUUGAAUCAGUUGAACUUGGUAUUGAAACUAUAUUGGCCAAGAAAGCCAAGAUUUGUGUUGUAGGUGGUUUAGAUGACUUCCAAGAAGAAAGUUCCCAUGAAUUCGCUAACAUGAAUGCUACUUCCAACACUUAUGAUGAAUUUGAUCAUGGAAGAACUCCAGCUGAAAUGUCCAGACCAACCACUACAACUAGAAGUGGUUUCAUGGAAUCUCAAGGUUCUGGUGUUCAAGUUGUCAUGAGUGCCGAUUUGGCCAUCAAAAUGGGUGUUCCAAUUUACGGUAUCUUGGCUAUGAGUGCCACUGCUUCAGACAAGAUUGGAAAAUCAGUUCCAGCUCCUGGUAAAGGAAUUUUGACCACCGCUAGAGAAUAUCACGGCGACUUGAAGUUCCCAUCAUCCAAGUUGAACAUCAAGUACAGAGCUAGACAAUUGAAGAACAGGCUCGCUCAAAUUGAAUCUUGGAGAGAAUCCGAGAUCGACUACUUGUACGAAGAAGCAGAACUUGCUAAGGAAUCUUACAAUGACUUCGAAGAAGAAUUUGUUGUUGAAGAAUUUUUAGCUGAACGUUCUGAAGAAAUUGACAGAGAAGCCAAACGCCAAAUUGCUGAUGCUAAGAGACAAUGGGGUAACGACUUCUACAAGUCUGACCCAAGAAUUGCUCCAUUGAGAGGAGCUAUGGCUACUUUCGGUUUGACCAUUGAUGACUUGGGUGUUGCCUCUUUCCACGGUACUUCCACCAAGGCUAAUGACAAGAACGAAACUUUGACUGUUCAUUCGAUGAUGAAGCACUUAGGUAGAACUGAAGGUAACCCAGUGUAUGGUGUGUUUCAAAAGUUCUUGACUGGUCAUCCAAAGGGUGCUGCUGGUGCUUGGAUGUUGAACGGGGCUUUACAAAUCUUGCAAACUGGUCUUGUUCCUGGUAAUAGAAAUGCUGAUAACGUGGAUCAAAUCUUGCAAGAAUUUGAUUAUGUUAUGUUCCCAUCUAGAUCCAUUCAAACUGAUGGUAUUAAGGCUGUUUCGGUCACUUCUUUUGGUUUUGGUCAAAAGGGUGCUCAAGCUAUCGUUAUUCACCCAGACUACUUAUACGCUGUUUUGGAUCAAGCUUCCUAUGAGGAAUAUGCUGCUAAGGUUGUUUCUAGAAACAAGAAAACCUACCGUUACAUGCACAAUGCCAUUACCAGAAACACCAUGUUUGUUCAAAAGAAUGAUGCUCCAUACGUCGACGACUUGGAAAAACAAGUAUACUUGGACCCAUUGGCUCGUGUUAGUGAAGGAAAGGACCUCAAGUUUGCCAAUAAGACUAUUCAAGCUUCUGCUAGCUAUAUUAGUGAGUCUUCUAACAACAUUGCCAAAGCUUUGAGUACUUUGAACAAGUCUAACAAAGGUGUUGGUGUUGAUGUUGAACUCUUGAGUUCUUUGAACUUGGAAAAUGAAACUUUCAUCGAAAGAAACUUUACUAAAGGCGAGCAAGAGUACUGUCUCAAGUCUCCUGACCCUAGAGCCUCUUUCACGGGAACCUGGUCUGCUAAAGAAGCUGUGUUCAAAGCUUUGGGUGUAAAGUCCCAAGGUGCUGGUGCAGCUUUGGUUGAUAUCCAAGUUGUUCGUAGUGCUACUGGUGCACCAAAAGUCAACUUGGUUGGAGCUGCUAAAGCUGCUGCUGAGAAGGCUGGUGUCAAGAAUGUGAGUGUUUCCAUCUCACACGAUGACUUUCAGGCCACUGCUGUUGCGUUGAGCGAAUACUAA